AUGGUCUGGGUACAUUUCAGCUUAUAUCAAGCUCUGACAUCGUUGAGGCUCAGCAACAAAGCCCGAGUCAUAUGGGCCGAUGCAAUAUGCAUCAACCAAGAGAAUCUGAAGGAGAGGCAAAACCAGGUGGGCAUGAUGCAGCGAAUCUAUAGCAUGGCGUCGACCGUUAUUAUGCAACUUGGACGCGAUAGGGGACACGCAGGCCCCUGUUUCCAGACACUCUCUUGGAUCGUGGCUGCAUGGUCGUCUUUCCAAGCUGCCCGCUUAGGCCCGUCAUCUUCAGCGUCAUCUGCUCCACCGGGUUGGUACAAGUUCCCUGGACUCAGCAGGGCAGUACCCAGGAAGUUCAUGCGUUCAGUUUCCAGGUUGUUUGCCGUCACAUAUUGGAGGCGCCUUUGGAUUGUCCAAGAAGUUGUAUCGGCACGCUUAGCCACUGUCGUAUGGGGGCCCGAGAAGAUCUCUUGGACCAUCGUUGGCCUCGCAGCGGCUCUGAUCCGCAACAAUGAGGCACUCUGGCGGGCCUUUAUAGGGAGCACACCACCGUCCAUGCGUGGACGGGCCAAGAGUGGCCUGAUGAACGCUUACUUGAUGCAUCAGCUUUCUCAGCAGGAUUCCCAGAGACGCCAGCUGUCCUUCCUCGACCUCCUUCGGCUCACUUCUAGCUUCGGUUUCUCUGUGAUACAUGAUAGAAUAUAUGCGAUCCUAGGCCUUCCAAGCCAGCACAGCGGCCCUGGAACGCAGUUCUUGCGGCCUGACUAUACCCUACUCAAGGAGGGGUUGAACAUCCAAGUUUGUCGGCAGAUUCUCCACACGCACAACAAGCCAUUUGACCUGCUCUCGGCAGUGAAGCACGAACACGUCCCGUCCUCCUUUUUCCCGACAUGGAUCCCACAGUGGCAGGUCGCGCCUAUUAGGAGUAUAACGGGCUCAUACCGUGAAUCCAUGAAGUUCAAUGCGUCUGCUGGCGCCGUUGACGUAUCACCACCCCGCAUAUCAUUGGCUUGGCCAGGUCGAACUUUCACCGUCGAGGGAAUAAUGGUCGAUCGGAUCGAGACAUCAACCCAGGACUGGAACCAAGGUGGGGUUUCAAGCAAUUUCUGGAGCCGGGUUGCCAGGGGAUUGAACCGUUCGCUAUAG